AUGGGUCCAAUACUAAAGGUCAUUAUGGAUACAACUCAAACAAACAAUAAUAAUAAUAAAACAUUUGAAGAUAACAAAUGUCCGAUAUGUGGUGAUAGUCAACAACUGCAGCUGUCUGAAAGAACAGCACUUAAUCAUCAUAUUGCAUUGUGUUCAAUCUAUUUCAUGAGACACAAUCAAAUAGAUGUAGAUCAAAUGUUGAAUCUUAUCGGUGGUUAUUGUCAAUUCAUACAUUCGAAUAGUAGUGCCAUCAAACAUCAAAGACAAAUCAAUCAACAUUACCAACAACAAUUAGUUUUAACAAAAACACAACAAGAACUAGAUUCAUUAAAUAUAUUACCUCAAUACGACGGCAUCCCAGUAGUAAUACAAGUUGGAGAAGGUAAAUGUCGUCUUUUGAUUGAUUUUUCCAGGGGUAUAUAUUUGGCUGUGGAGCAAGUAGCUCAAGUCAGAAGAAUCAUUCAACAAUCUAAAUUGGUUACAUAUCUAACUGUUAUCAUUCGUUUCAAUAAUGAGGUACUUGAACAAGCCAGUAAAUCUUUUCAAACUCAUAUUGAACAAUCAUGUCAAGUAUUGACAGGAUCACCAUUUAUUAAAACUGUCAAACUGGAGACUGGUCUAACUAGAAAUUAUAAUGUUGGAGUAUUCAACCAAUUCACACUCAGUCUACCCAAUCUCGAAUGUCUUAGAUUGCGAUGUGACAAGGUGGAAGAUCAUUUACCGAUGGUCAUUGAACUAUUAUAUAGAAAUCAAAUCAAACACAUGACCAUUGAUUGUAGUCUCUCAGUAUUACAAUGUCAACAAUUAUUCAAUAGCAUCAAGACAAACAAAUCACUCAUCUCUUUGAGAAUCAGUCUGAAAGCAAUGAAUGGUUUCAAUUUGUUUAUGAGAUUUUAA